GCCUCACUCUGUUUGUGCUGCAGGAGGCGGGAAUCGGCUUGUUUACCUCCUCCUCGUGGUCUUGUCUCGUCUAGUUUACGGAAAAGGUCUUGGUUUUGUCAUUUUUAAAGCAUUUUUAUUAGUCUUUUUCUGUGUGGGUUAAACGUGUUUUAAGAAGGGAAAACGCGGCGUUUUUACCUGAGUUUAAGAGUGCUUGUGGGGGUGUUUUAGCCGCUUAGCCUGAGGUGGAGCGCAGCGCCGCAUGGAGGCCGUGCUGAAGAACCUGGGCAGCACGCUGGAGGUCCUGGCCGUGUCUGAGACGGAGUUUGUGAGGGAGUGGGACGCUCGGACGGUGGACAGGGCGUUCCAGUGGGCGAAAUACUGCGAACAUGUCUACAAUCGCUUCCACGCUAACCCCUCCAUCCGGCCGGUGCUGGAGGACUGCCUGCGCCUGACUAAUGAGCGGCUGUCUGAGGGUUUAUCCGGACACCGCGCUCUGAGCCUGGCUGAUUUGGCUCAGUGCCGCCACAGGUUAUUUAUCGGGCUGUUAAGAAACCCAUUGGCUCCCCACUCUGUUUUUAAAUCACUUUUUGACAACUGCAGACUGUUUGAGGAUGAUGGAGACACAAAACCAGGCAGAGAAACUCAUCUGGACCUUUCUGAACUAAUUAUGUGCAGAUCAGCCUGUAAACUGCUGGGCUCUUUUCAGUUGAACUCACAGGAAACUUCUGACAUUAGCUUCAGUACCCAGGUUCAAGGUCUCAUGCUUCUACAGCGCCUUCACGCCAUACAGUGCCACCCAGGCAAUGACAGCUACCUCAGGAAACUGAUGGACACUUUCCUUCAGGACGUUGGACAAGAUUUGGACCAUUUAUCUGAGGUCAUUGCAGCUUGUCUACUAAUAGAAAAUGAGACCAGUGAGGAGCACACUGCAGCUCAGGACUUUCUCCUAGACUGGCUACAAGACCAUCAUCAAAAUCAUCAUAGCUUGCUCCAAACAAUGUGUCAGUCUUUGCCUCUUCAAAUGUGCACCAAACUGUCCCAGAAGCAGAAAAAAUUCAGGCUUAUGUAUUGGGAAGUAUUAAAGCAAUGGGCAUCCUCCAUGGAGUAUGAUGUGAGUGGUGGAGUAUGGGUGCAGCAGUGUGACACCUUUCCCUCAUUCAAAACAUUAGUAAACCAUUUGAAGUCCAUAUGGAGAUCAGGUUCACCAUUAAAAGAGGAGACUGAGAAAGAGCUGGUGGUGCUUAAACAAGUAGAUGGGGACUUUGAGGUUCAAGGACUGAGUGUUUGGACAGACCUGCUCCUUCAGCUUAGAUAAAUGUGUUUUUCUUUUCCAGCUUUUACAUUGUUAAAGCAGAAGGUUAAGUUCUGUGCUCUUUGUUUGUUCUUUAAUUGACUGGUCUUUAAUUUACACUUUAUGCUAUUUAUUUUCACAUUUUGCCUGACAUUAUCUUGCAAUAAUUGUCAUUUGUUUAAAAAGUUCAGUUUUAGCAAUCUCCAUACAUUCCUCAUUGUAAUGGAUUGUGGCUUCAGCAGACAGGGGGAGACAAUGCUCCUUACACAUUCUACUACAUGCACAUCCUAUCAGAUUACAAGCCUGCCACAAUAGAAGUGUGGCAGACACACGUUUUUGUAAUUCAUGAAGUGUAAUAAAAAUUGUUAAUUGUUAUUAAACAGAUUUUUUUAAAUACUGUUGAAUACUCUUCUAGCUGUAAUCCUGAUCAUUUGGCAUAAAAUUGGGGGCGCACUCUUGUUGUUUGACAGUAUAGGUAAAAAGACCAAAUGAUUUUUACAGAAUAAUGAUGUUGUAAUGAUGCCAUCAAAUAAAAAAACAAAUUAACAUUUACUCUUUUCAAUUUACACAAUGGUGAAAAAGUGGCAAAAUUAAUGAAUAAUAAUUUCAGUGCAUCCCUAUUCUAAACCAGUCAAAUUAGAUAUUUUUUUAAAUAAAAUGAACAUUUGAUCUUUUUAAGGAUAUGACUUAAGCUAUGUCUUUUUUAAGUGAAAAUGUUAUAUCUAUCCAUUACAAAGGAAUUAAGUUGAGGGAAAUGCAGAAUUGAAUUGGGAAGCAGGGGGGCAUGACAGAUGGUGGCAUCACUCAUCGCCUUGGCAACGGUUGGCAUUAGGCCUCUGAGUCAAUCUUAAAAGGGAAGGAAGGCCGAAUGGUGAACAUGCACGUCUCUCAAAUUGGUCCCUCGAGUACAGGCUGUCGCGUGCUCCAUCAGCUAAAUUUCAUCUGCUCCUUCGAUUAGGGCAGGAGAGAAAGUGAGGCCUUGCACGAGGUUGUUCAGUAUUUAAUGAUUAAUGAGGUCGCUUGAGCCUGUCAGCACCCGUCGUCCAAUAACAACGUGGGGAACGUGAAAUCUCACACACGGGAAGCACGUCUCAGCUUCAGUGAGGUUUCACUGAAUUAAAUAAAAAAAAUUAAGCAUGAGAGUUUUUUCACUCUUGUCAGAGUUAUUUACUCUCUGCUGAUCUGUGGAUUAGCUCAGCAUGCAGUAUUCUUGUGUAGCAGAUUCAAGCAGUCAGUAAGCUAAUUAGACUUUGUUAGAGAGAAACUCAUAAAGAUGAGUGGCAGUGAUGCAAAUAGAACUACUAUCUAAUACUGUUGGACACAUGUUAUAUGUCAGAUUAAAAGUCGCAGAGUUGGAUUCAGUUUAAUUACUGUCAAAUGUUUUACAUGUAUACGGUUUAGAUUAGGGAUGCACCAAAUAUUUGCAUUUUUUUCUAUUUAAAUUGCAUUCUUAUGUGACUUAAGUAGCCCAGAAGAGGUACAUUUGUGAUUGGAAUUGUAUUACUGAGGUACAGUUAUGACUGGAAAAGCACUGUUUUUUUAUGUUAAUGUAUUGUGCCUAGUUGGAUUGUCUGUUAAGUGUUAAGUAGGUUAAGUGUUCAAUAAAUAUUUUUAAACCA